UCAUAUAAUAUAGUGUCCCUCCUUAGUAAGCAUGUACUUUUUCAAUUAUAUAAUGUACACCAGAGAUAUCACAAACAAUAUAUGAGAUAUCCAGAAACCUUAUACACACUGAAAGAAAAGAAAAUUAAUAAGGGUUUAAUUUACAGAUCCAAACAAAACUCAAUGUUAUCUGAAAGCAAAGAAACAAUGCCACCAGCCUGCUGAGUUAGCUAACAAAACAAACACAAAGACUAUAACUAUGUGAUGCUAUCUAAGAAAACACAAAGGCUCUGACUUGUCUCUUUCUCUGAGGAACAGAUGUCUCAGUUGUCAGAUGUUUUGUUUGCACUCAGACAUAAUCAGCCAAAAGAGUAGAGCUGGCAUAAUUCCAUAAUGACAUUGAAGACAAAAUUGAAAUAAUCCCCAGUAGGAGGCUGAAAUGUAAAAAAUAAAAAAAACUGUAAAAAAGUCUUUGUGUUUCCAUGAGCGAGCAAACAAACAAAACAGGAAUUUCUCAAAGCAGUAAAAUUCCAGUCGAUCAACUGAUGCUUGAUGAGGAAGGAAAGCUUCCCCUCCAUGUCAGAGAAGUUGCUGGCAAAAAAAAUAUGUUUUUAUUCAUGGACAUUUCAGUCAUGCAGACUGAAAGACAUGCAAAGACAUGCAGACAUGAGGAUUGAUGUUGUACACUUCUCAUAUUAACCGUCUUGGUUCACUGCCAAAAAGGAGACAUCAACUAAAAUACAACAUUCAUUUAAUUGUUUGAUGCACCAACCUUUCAGUUCCACAGCUUGUGGCAUAUAUUUAUAUAGUGAAACCUCGCAGCUUUGUUUAUUAUUAUUAUUAUUUUAUUUUUAUUUUUUACUUUACGUGAUGGAGCUACAUUUUCAUUUUCAGGAAUCCCAUGCACCUGGGAAGGUUAUCUAUGGCUGAAGAUUCCUAGUGAUCUUGUGCCAGAGACGCUCCUCUGCAGACACACUAGAGUUUUGUCAGAGGCGGAGCUCAGAGUUCCUGCACUAUAGAGCCAAUGGACUGUCUGAAAGCUGAAUGCUGCUCUGGUGGAGCAAAGCUUCUCUGCAGGAUGUUCCACUGAACACUUGGAGCUACAGCUGACUGGCAAAUGGUCAUUAACCACAAUGAAUCUGACUUCUGGGUCUGAUCCGGCCCACUUCUUCCCUGAUAAACCUUCUGGUGACUCUUUCCAGCAAUGGUCCAGGUACUGGAAUUUGCAUAACAUUAGUAUUUUGUCAAGAAAAGGAGGAAACAAUUCUGAGUCCACUCUUAACAUGACCUUCCAGCUGCCUGAAGAGGAAUUUGAUCCACUGGGAGGUCACACUGUGUGGCAGGUCAUCAUCAUCGUCUUCCUCACCGGAUCCCUUUCUUUCGUCACUGUUGUUGGCAACAUCCUGGUUUUAGUGUCCUUCAAGGUAAAUAAGAGUCUGAAGACGGUUAACAACUACUACCUGCUCAGUCUGGCCUUCGCUGACCUGACUAUCGGCACUUUGUCAAUGAAUCUCUAUACUACCUACAUCAUCAUGGGCCAGUGGGCUCUUGGGCCGGUGGUUUGUGACUUGUGGCUUGCGAUAGACUAUGUGGCCAGUAACGCCUCCGUCAUGAACCUGCUCGUCAUCAGCUUUGACAGGUAUUUUUCUGUGACCAGACCUUUGACCUAUAGGGCCAAACGAACAACCAAGCGAGCCAUGACCAUGAUUGGACUAGCCUGGUCCAUCUCUUUCAUUCUCUGGGCCCCAGCCAUACUGUUCUGGCAGUACAUUGUGGGUGAGCGCACGGUCCAGCCAAAUGAGUGUUAUAUCCAGUUCUUGUCCGAGCCCAUAAUUACCUUCUGCACUGCUAUUGCUGCGUUCUACUUACCAGUGAGUAUCAUGGCCAUUUUGUUUUGGAAGAUCUACCAGGAGACAGAGAAGAGAGCUAAAGAUAUACAAGGUCUCAAGGGAUCUGGGUCAGGCACCAACCCGAGCCAGGCUCAGAACCUGGACAAUGGCGGUGGAAAAGAUGCAGUUGGCAGCCAGAGGAUGUCAUCAAUCAUGCUGCGCCAGAUCAGCUCCCAAAGCGCCAGCAGUAGUGAAAUCUGUUUGUCUUCUCCAGAGAGAAACAGGAACAAUAAUUCCACCUCACCAGGAGUGGAAAACCAAAAGUGCUGUAGAACGCUAUGUUUUCAAUUCUCAGCCUUCUGGACUCGUUUUCCUGCAUCAAACAGAUCUUGCAACACAACAACAAGUACAGUAGAGGAGGCCGAGCGCAGCAGCGUUAACGGGGACAUGGCUUCUGCUUCAGAGGUGAACAAGAACAGCCAACAUUAUGAAAGCGUCAAAGUUCAGAAAGGCUCAGAUGGACUUACUCCCUCAUCUUCUCUUGACCAGUCAGUUGCUAAGGCAACCAGAGAUGCUGUGCUUGCCAAACGCUUUGCCACUAAAGCAAAAAUAGAGAUCAAUAAGCGCAAAAAUGAAAAAAAGGCAAAUGAAAAGAAAGCAAAUGAAAAGAAAGCAGCAAGAACUCUGAGCGCUAUUCUGUUUGCAUUCAUAACCACGUGGCUGCCGUACAACAUCAUGGUGUUGGUCAACACUUUCUGUCAGGACUGUAUUCCAGAAUCUCUGUGGGCUCUGGGGUACUGGCUGUGUUAUGUUAACAGCACAGUGAACCCCAUGUGCUACGCUCUGUGUAACAAGACCUUCCGGACAACCUUUAGGGAUAUAUUAAUAUGCCAGUGGAAUCAAAACAGGAACAAGCCCAAUUUUAAUCAAAGGCAGGCUGUUGGCUCCCGAAAGGAGCCUAGAUAGAUUGUAAUACCAGAUUGAUCCAUUGGGUGGAGAUAUUUUCUUUAGGUUUAGGUGUCAUUAAUUAUCCCUCUGUGGAAAGAACACUCACCUGUUUCUUUAUUUACUACCUAAACUUGUUUAGUUUAUGGCUUUUACCACACCUUGUUGGGAAAGAUAUGCUCGAUGUAUUGACUGUAGCCCUGCAUCAGAAUCACAAUUCCUUUAUUAUCACUGUACAAGACAGCACAUUUUAAAAAUAGCAACUCUCAAAAGCAGUGCAAAUAAAUAAUAAUAUACAUGUGUGUUCAAAUAUCAGUGGGAAAUAAUACCUUUUAAAUAUAGAUUUAGUAAAUUAUAUUUGAGCUUGACAGGAUAGACCUUGCUUACACUUGUAUUCAUAUUUUUCGUUUUCA